CGAGAAUACGCGAAUCUCAGUAAAAGUUGUCUUUAGUAAAAUUCUGGCUUCGACACGUCCGUAACUUUACAAUAAAAUGGUAUGCGACGGCCCUGACCCACCAGAGAACACGCCACAAGACCUCACCCCGCCCCCAAUGCACAGCCUCAUGAUGGAGGGUCCCCAGGUGGACAAUGAGGACAGUGACGAGGAAGCUAAUGAAUACGACGGCUACCAGCCGCUCCCGCAAGGCCCUGAAGGUUUCAUAGUGGAGAACGGCCAUAGUGACAGUGAAAAUGAGAUGGUAGAAGAACCAGAAGUGCCUCAGGAUCCAGUGCCGCCGAUAGAGCCAAUGGACAGGGUCAUUACACGCGAAGUAUGGAGUGAGCCGAGACAGGAAGACCCCAUACAAAUGGACAGUGAAAGGGCUCAGCAAGUGAUGUCUGCAAUGGCAAACUUCGAGCUCCCUCAGACGUCUAUUCCUCAAUGGGCGCUGUGUAUCACCGAGGACCAGUGGAAACAAACUCUACGUGACAAAAUAGAUACAUUGAAUAAUAAAUAGAAUAUCAAUUUAAUCUAAGGUAAGAUAUGAAAAUACUGUAUAAAUUA